UGUGAGUAAAUUUACUGUUUUAUUUAUAUUUGUGUUUGUCUUGUCCAUAACCCUCAAGAUUCAUUAACUUUUACAGCACACUUCAAAAUUUCAUCGUUGAACACUUAGCCAUUGUAUUUGUACUCCAAGAAUUAAUUUGGACACCAAUCAUUCUAUCACACCUAUAGAAAUCUUAACACUAUACUAGCAAAAAUUAAAUUUGAAAACCUCCUUAUAAACUACUCCAAAAACAAUUUUGUAUGUUUUUCAUUCAAUCAAAUACUGUAUUAACUGUCAUAUAAAAAUGGAUGAUCUUCUCGAAAGCUCUGAACUAACUUUUAGCUGUUCAAGUUACUCUUUGAUCCCAGAAAUUUCAGAUACAAGUUUGGACGAAGAACAAAAAAUCAUCAACUAUGAAGCAGGGGUUUCCAAAAUGGAUGAAAUCUUUUGUCCAAUUGUUGGACAAGAAGUUCCACCAAUCGAUUCCGAACCUGAUCCAGAUACAAUUAAAAUGUUUGUAGGACAAAUUCCACAGAACUAUACAGAAAACGAUCUUCUUGAGCUGUUUGCGAGGUUUGGAAAAGUAUACGAGCUUCGGAUAUUAAAGAACAAGAUCACAGGUAGAAGUAAAGGAUGUUGUUUUGUGACGUUCUUCUCUAGAAGAUCUGCACUGGAGGCUCAAAACGCCUUACAUAAUAUUCAGGUUUUACCUGGAAUGCAUCAUCCGAUACAGAUGAAACCAGCUGACAGCCAAAACCGUAACGAUAGAAAAUUGUUUAUCGGAAUGUUAUCAAAGGAGCUUGAUGAAAGUGAUGUGCGGAGUUUGUUCUCUCCAUAUGGACCAAUAGAGGAGUGCACUGUCUUACGAGACAGUGCUGGGAAGAGCAAAGGUUGUGCAUUCGUCACUUACCUAACCCGGCGAAGUGCACACAAUGCUGUCAAAUCAAUGCAUCACUGCCACAUCUUCAGAGGCUGUUCGUCUCCUUUAGUGGUCAAGUUUGCAGAUACGCAGAAAGACAAAGAGCAAAGAAGGAUGUGCAUAUUACAAAAUGAUUUGUCCUUUCAAAACACUCUUUCAGCUAUCCUUCAGCAGCUUGGUGGUGAUGGUGUACACUCAUUGUUAAGCUCCGACAAUUGGAGUUUCCUGCAGAAAUUUCAAAAUAGGUGGUAUAAUAAUGCUAACUGUCAAUUUCCAACGUCGAACUGCCAAGAUUUGUCAAAUAUACCACCUUCACAUUGGAGAUCAGCAGUUGUUAAUACAACAAAUCUACAGACCUUGCUUGGUCACUGUUUUCUUAACCAGACAGCAAAUGAUACAAAUGACACACCUGUGAUCAUAACUGACAAUACUAACAACUUGUUAAUACCACUUGACUCCUGUGAUACAUGUAAUAUUCAACAUCCACCACAGUCUAAUACUGAAAAUAUGGCAUUAACAACUUCUUCGACAGAAUAUAAAAUGUACAACUGGUGUCUGCAAAGAUUAUCCGCAGAUCAGAAGCAAAUAGAUGGUCCUGAAGGGGCUAACUUGUUUAUUUACCAUCUACCUCCGGAAUUUACUGACCAAAACUUAGUUGAACUGUUUUAUCCAUACGGUCCAGUCAUAUCUGCUAAAGUAUUUGUAGACAAAGUGACUAAAACAUCCAAAUGUUUUGGUUUUGUGUCCUACGAUAAUGUGCAAAGUGCGAAAACAGCAAUUAACCAUAUGAACGGAUACCAAGUCCUAGGAAAAAAACUAAAAGUGGAAGUUAAAAAGAAGAGAAAAUCCAAUAAUUGAUUUAUAAAACAUAGUUUAUGUUAUCAAUACAGUAGCACAUUAUUGUAUCAUUAAACAAUUGUUAACACUGGUA